CGAGGGAGUCUCGAAGAGGCGGUCUUCAGUUUCGGUUAAGCAUUCAUCGAAGAGAGAAUACAUCUCAUUCCGUCUUUCGUCUCCUCCUACGUCAUUCUCCCUAGUCACCCCGGGUACAUACGAAAUUUCGGCUUCCGGCUUAAAGUUUUAAUCCACCUACCGUUAUCGUUCGUCAGCAGAGUGCUCAAAGGACUCUUCCGUUCUCCAAACAGUAUGACUCGUCAUUUCAAGAACGAUCUCAGUCAGGAUUACUCAAGGAAAUCUGAGAAAUCUGAGAAAUCUGAAAAUGAUGUGCGGAUCUAAUAAAUCGGGAUAAAAUAAGAGGACAACAAAAAUGCGAAGGUCGUUCAAUGUCCUACUGUGUGUCACGUGAUAGUGCGUAUGAUGUGAGGUGAUACGAGUGUUUUAUCAUGACAGUAAUUUAUGACAAUCUCCCGGAUUUUCGAUAAAAUCAUAUUGUAAAGAUAUCAAACAUCCAAUGGCGUCCAUGGGGGAGGUUGUACCAAGGAUUUCUCUCGUCGAAGUAAUACCGAUGCAAUUAGCGUGUCGAUGGUAAUUGGCACCUCGUAGCAAAGGAGAGACAACGCAAAGUGCCGCAAAAGAGUGCAGAGAAUUAUUUUCUCCGACUGGAGAGGGUGAUUUUCAUUGUUUACCUGCCUGUAUAGACGCGCGAUGUACGCACGAAGAGAGAGAGUGCCGAGGAAAAGAGGCCUCUCCUCUCCUGAAACAACAACAGUUAAGGUCCUGGAACCAAGACAUUACGUGCUGAACGGCGGCAGAUAUCACUUUCCAGCCUAAUGGUUCUUCAGGAUUCCAAAGAGAUGAAAAUCAUUUGGUGCAAGGUCUUAGCUGUGAGGCGGGUGGUCUCAACAUCUGCCUCCUUGGCUUCAAGACCUUGACUGAUUUCUUCGCUGUUGAAAUCGAUGCAUUUGUGGAACAAAUGCCUUGGAUAUAUAUGGGGAAUACAUGGGAAAAUUUAUCUGUGAACGCAUCCAAUCAACAACAGUCAGACGUAAUAGCGUCGUCGAUCUACGAGAGUUUCAAGGCGUGCAAGGAUCAUCCGCAGAUCUGCGGAAAGGAAGCAGCCUGUCGCAGCUUCGAGAACAAUACGUCGAAAUGCGUAUGUCCUCACGACGGUUUGUCACAACCCACGGCGGAUUUAAAAUGUCCAAAUCGUGUAAUCGUUCCUUUAACGCCUCGUCCGAUACACAACAUAAUUCCACCAAGUAAUAAUAACAAUGAUACGAAUAGUACGAAUGGGUUUCCAGAGGCUGAACAGGUGGAUGGAUUAAGAUAUAAAGUACCUGAAAUAGUAGGAGUAAUUAUAGCUUUCAUCGCUUUAAUAAUACUUUUACUGAGUAUUGUGUAUGGUGUUAGAAGACGGAGUUACAGCAUCAAAUCUCAAAGAAGUUCUUUAGAUGUGACUCCAAUAAGUCUCAAAAAAGGGUUAUUAUUAGCGCAUAAGUAUACACCUAAUCCUCAAUAUUUCACCUGCUCUUCUCCUGGGGUUGCGAUCAUAGAACGAGAGAGUAUUAUAUUUUUACACGACAUCGGCGAAGGAUGUUUCGGAAAGGUUUACAAAGGUGAAUGGCAUAACGGAGACACGAAAGAGAUUGUCGCUGUAAAAGUCUUAAAGGAUACCGCCACGCCCGAAACUGAACAAGACUUUAUGCGAGAAGUAGACAUUAUGUCCACGUUCAGUCAUACGAAUAUUUUGUCCUUGAAGGGGAUGGUGCUUCGAGAUGCAACGAAUAACCCGUGGAUGGUGUUCGAGUACAUGCCAUACGGUGAUCUCGCCGAAGUACUACGGGCAAAUUCUCCGCAAUUUAAAUUGUCGAAACCUGGCAUGAAACCAUUAACGAAGAACUCGCUGCAUUGGAUCUCGAUACAAAUAGCAGCUGGUAUGUCUUACUUGUCGGCACAAAGAUUCGUGCAUCGCGAUCUGGCGUGUCGAAACUGUCUGGUGGGUUCAGACUUAGUGGUGAAAAUUGCUGAUUUCGGGAUGUCGCGAGAUAUCUACACCUGCGACUAUUACAAGAUUGGAGGAUCACGUUUGCUACCAGUUCGUUGGAUGUCACCGGAAAGCGUAAUGUACGGAAGAUUUACUUUGGAGACCGAUGUCUGGAGUUUCGGUGUCGUUCUCUGGGAAGUAUUCUCAUUCGGGAAGCAGCCUUAUUACGGUCACACUAACGAAGAGGUUGUAAAACUUAUAUUACAAGGCAUCAUACUUCUUCCGCCGGAUGAAUGUCCGUCUGUUGUUUGCCAAAUAAUGCGCGACUGUUGGAAGGUGGAACCGCGGGAACGAAUCAAGUUUCCCGACAUCCUAGACAGGCUGGAAAAGGCGCAGAGCAAAUUGAUCCAGCAAGGGUCGUUGCCCAGGCCACCGCAAGGUCCUGUGACAGUACGUACCCCGGAUGUCUUGGAUCCAGAUGGAUAUUUGCUUCCGGCUCCUACGACUACCCGUGAAUAUCUGCAAGCUCUUCCAGCUCUAUCCAACUGAUAGCAUAUUUAUAAUAGUGGAACAAUUUUCUUUGAAUUGCAAUUUUCCAAAUGCGCGCGCGAAUCGAAGCAAUAAAAUGUGGAAAAAAGGUGAAAUGUACCCGAAGCCGUCGAAAGAAGUAAAGAUAUGUUUAGUACUCCGAGAUUGUGUGUGAACAUAUAUGUUUGUAUAAAAAAUUUUUAUGUGAUAAAUUUAAUUUUUUCACAGCUUUUUCACAAA